AUGGCCGACGUAUGGGUCUCGCGCAAAAAGUGGACGUGCCGGCACUGCAAUGUGACGAUCAAUGACGAUAUCCCUUCGCGGCAGCACCACGAAAAUGGACUACGGCACAAGGGUAAUGUGGAGCGUGCAUUGCGUGCACUGUACAAAGGAAACAGCGAGAAACGGCGGGAAGAGGAAUGUGCGCAAAAAGAGCUGCAGCACAUGGAGCGCGCCGCGAACAAGCGCUGGCAUGCAAGCGAUGUGCCUUCUGUGCCGUGCAGUGCUGCGCCGAGGCAAAAGGCAUGGAACCCGCAGGAUAAGCUUGCUGCAUACACGUCUGCAGCGAGUCUAGGCGUCGAGGAGAAAGAGGCGGAGGCGGCGUAUAGGGAGCGCUUUGCGCGGCGCAAGACGGAGGCGAGGGUGGGUGAGUGGCAGACCGUGGAGACCGUGGAAACUAUGGAGACUGUGGCAGAGAAACCAGAAGCGGCAAGCGCGCCCGACGCAGCAGCGCCUCGCACGGACCGAGAAAAAGCGUGGCACUUUGCAUUUCGCGAGCGCACCGUCGAUGAGAUGGAGGAGAGUGCGGAUAGUUUGCCUGUGAUUGCCAAGCGGCGCCAUGAAGUGCACGGCGAGCCUGGGGAAUUGCACGGGCGUGCAUGUUUGGAGACACCUCCACGCACGCAAGAUUCCGCGCCGGAUACUCUUCCUCCCGCGCACACCGAUACCCCCGCACCCGCCACUUUUCCAUCCUCCCCCCCAUCCUCUCCCCACCUUUUCAAGAAACGCAAAUCGCGCAGCGGCACCGCCAAAAAAGUACGCAGUGGCGCGUUUGCCUAG